GGGAGAUUGCGAACUGGAAACACGUGGUUCACGAAUGAUGUUGUCAUUAUCACACGGGAAAUUGACAUCGUUCUGAAAGUAAACAGGUGUCCAAGAUGCCGGAGGUGUUGCGAUAUUUCCGAUGUCCGGGACUAAGCCAAGGAGCAGUUGAAGUAACCACUGCGAAGAUCAACAAAGUCUUAAAAGGGACUUUGGUCAAAAGUCUUGAAACGGAAACAUGUAUCUAUGUACAGAAUGAUGGUAUUGCCCAUCUUAAUCCAGAGUUGUGCUAAGGUUCAGAAGAAGCUGAAGUGGAUCUUUUCCAUCCCAUUCCAGGCCCACAAGCUGAAGACUACCUCCAGUCUACAAGACUCUCCCUCAUCCCUCCUCCUAGAAGUGGGACCUAGGUUAAACUUCUCUACGGCAUUCUCCACGAAUGCUGUAUCCAUCUGCCAGUCUGUUGGUCUUGGCAAGAUCUCGAGGAUCGAAGAAUCCACACGCUACCUCAUUACCUUCACCAGCGAUGCUAAAACUUCACCUGCAGAGGAAGACCUCAUUCUAUCGCAACUGCAUGACCGUAUGACACAAUGUAGAUACCUCAAACCUUUGGAGAGCUUCAAGCUGUCUGUGCGGACAGAGCCUGUGUUUGAAGUGGACAUCAUGGGGCGUGGACGAUCAGCUUUAGAAGAAGCAAACAAAGAACUUGGUCUUGCGUUUGAUGACUGGGACCUCGACUACUACACCGACCUGUUUGUAGACAAAGUGAAGAGGAACCCAACCAGCGUGGAGUGUUUUGAUCUGGCUCAGUCAAACAGUGAACACAGUCGACACUGGUUCUUCAAGGGUCGGAUGGUGAUCGAUGGCGAGGAGAUGAACCGGUCACUCUUCAAGAUGAUCAUGGACACCCAGCUUUCCAGCAACAAAAACAACAUCAUAAAGUUCAAUGACAAUAGCAGUGGAAUCAACGGCCACCCGGUCACUUGUCUGGCCCCGACUGAACCUACUGAACCAAGCAAGAUGGUCAAAAAAGAAAAUAUCCUCCAACAUGUCAUCUUCACUGCAGAGACUCACAACUUUCCAACAGGAGUAGCGCCGUUUCCAGGGGCAACAACUGGUACUGGAGGGCGUAUCCGUGAUGUUCAGAGCACAGGCAGAGGUGCUAACGUUGUUGCAGGCACUGCUGGUUACUGCUUUGGUAACCUUCACAUUCCAGGUUACACGCUCCCGUGGGAGGACGAGCAGGCCAAGUAUCCCCCGAACUUUGCCCCUCCCCUGGAGAUCGCUGUGGAGGCCAGUAAUGGUGCCUCGGACUAUGGCAACAAGUUCGGUGAGCCGGUCCUGGCUGGUUUUGCCCGGUCAUUUGGGAUGACCUUCCCGGAAGGUGAGAGGCGAGAGUAUAUCAAGCCCAUCAUGUUCAGCGGAGGGAUCGGGACGCUGGAUGGCAGACAUGUCCACAAGGCCGAGACAGAGAAAGGUAUGAAGGUUGUGAAGAUUGGCGGUCCUGUGUUUCGGAUCGGUGUGGGAGAAGGGGCAGCCUCGUCUGUGCACGUUCAGGGGGACAACAAGGCUGACCUGGACUUUGGAGCGGUUCAGCGGGGAGAUGCAGAGAUGGAACAGAAGCUGAACCGCCUCAUUCGGGGCUGUGUGGAGCUGGAGACCAAAAACCCGAUCUGUAGCAUACACGACCAGGGUGCUGGGGGUAACGGCAAUGUCCUGAAAGAGAUCUGUGAGCCGUCUGGAGCCAUCAUUCGAGCUGAUGACUUCCAGCUGGGCGACCCGACACUCAGCAUCCUGGAGCUGUGGGGUGCUGAGUACCAGGAGAGUGACGCCAUCUUGGUGCGGCCCAAAGAUGCCGAGUGUCUGAAGCACCUAGGGCAGAGAGAAAGGUGCCCCGUGUGCUUUGUGGGGACAAUCACAGGGACGGGGAGGAUUCAGUUACAAGACUUCAGCUCAAGAUCUGGUGAGGACACACCCGAGUCAAAGAUUGCGAAGACAGAUGCUGUGUUGCCCGUAGAUCUGGAGCUAGAGCAUGUGCUAGGGUCCAUGCCCAGGAAGGUGUUCAAGAUGGAACACAUGACACCUGUUCUGACACCUAUUAAACUACCAGACAACUUGCUGGUGCGAGAUGCCCUGGAACGAGUCCUGCGUCUGCCGUCUGUUUCCAGUAAGCGAUACCUCACGAACAAGGUUGAUCGGUCGGUGACGGGACUGGUCGCCCAGCAGCAGUGUGUGGGUCCGCUGCACACACCCCUCGCAGACGUGGCCGUCACCGCUACCUCAUACUUCGAUGCCGUUGGUGCGGCAACCGCCAUUGGAGAGCAGCCAAUCAAAGGUCUUAUCAACCCCGAGGCCGGUGCCCGGAUGGCUGUGGCCGAGUGUCUCACUAACCUCAUGUUUGCCAGCGUCACAGAUCUCAAGGACAUCAAGUGUAGCGGCAACUGGAUGUGGGCGGCCAAGCUGCCAGGAGAAGGCGCUGCACUGGUCGAUGCAUGUAAGGCCAUGUGUGACCUGAUGGGCAAGAUCGGCAUCGCUGUGGACGGAGGCAAGGACUCCCUCAGCAUGGCAGCACGGGUCGGGGAGGAAACUGUCAAGGCACCAGGAACGUUAGUGGUCUCCUCCUACGCUGCUUGUCCGGAUGUCACAAGAACAGUGACCCCUGACCUCAAGUGUCUCGGAGGGGAAGGUACGCUGUUAUACGUGAACCUGAGUAGUAGCGUGACCCUGGGUGGGUCUGCCCUAGCACAGUGCUACAACCAGAUCGGGGAUGACGUGUCGGACGUCCUACAACCGGAGCUCCUGGUCUCGGCCUUCAGAGUGAUGCAGACCCUCCUUGAAGAGCGGCUUGUCACGGCGGGUCAUGACGUGAGUGACGGUGGGCUGAUCACCUGCCUGCUGGAGAUGGCAUUUGCUGGCAACUGCGGCAUUGACGUCAGUUUACAUACUCUUGAGGAUGAAGAUGAGGUUGUCGACUUCCUGUUCUGUGAAGACCUUGGUGUGAUUCUAGAGGUCCUGACAGGGAUGAGGAGGAAGUUAUUGAAGAAGACCGGCCAUGAGGCCGAAACCUGUGAAAUCUGUAUGGGGUUUUCCCCCCGGGCUCAGAAGCGGAGGGCUGCCGACACUCUCUUUUAUAGAGAGAUGCGGGAGGCGGGAGGGGAACUUACCCAGGUCCCCCCGUCUAAGGCUAAAAAGUCUAAAGGGAAAAAUCCCGCGAGCCAGUCCCUGCUCCCGCCCCUGCUCGACUCGGCUGAGUUCCGCUUUGCCAGGCGAGGCGCUUUGCCCCUAGGGCAGCCUACGCAGACGCAGCUCCGCAUUCUGCCCUCGUUAGUACAGGACGUGGUGGAUCCCCUCUUGUCUGGUUCUCGCCUCCGAUUUGACUUGCCGGAGCUUGUCAGGAGAUACCAGCUUGGGGAGGAUUCCCUGUUCGUGAUUGUGAUCAGCGUCAAUGAUGAGGAGGUCUUGACUGAGUCGAUGAUGGUGCUGCGAGACGUCUGGGAGGAGACAAGUUUCCAGUUGGAGCGUCUCCAGGCCAACCCCCACACUGUGCAGCAGGAGCAGGAGGGUCUCAAGUCUCGCAGGUUCCCGCCCUACCAACUCCCCUUCUGCCCAGACGAUGACAUCAAGAUCAACAAGGAACUGGGUCAUCUGCCAAUGGUGGCUGUGUUGAGGGAGGAAGGCAGCAAUGGUGACCGCGAGAUGUGUGCAGCGCUCAUCAGCGGGUUCGAGGUGUGGGACGCCAACAUGCAGGACCUGCAGGAUGGCAAGAUCAACCUGGACACAUUCCGUGGGCUGGUGUUUUGUAGGGGCUUCAGCUAUGCAGAUGUAUUGGGUUCAGCUAAAGGCUGGGCUGCAGCUGCUCUCUUCAAUCCGACAAUCAAGGAGCAGUUCGAGCGAUUCCGCCAGCGUCCCGAUACCUUCAGUCUGGGUGUGUGUAAUGGCUGCCAGCUGAUGGCGCUCCUGGGAUGGGUGGCACCAGAUCAGUCAGAAGAGGGUACGAGUGAGCAGGGUCUGCUGCUGGACCACAACGCCUCCGAGCGCUACGAGUCCCGCUUCGUGACAGUGCAGGUACAGGAGAGCCCGGCAGUCAUGCUUACUGGGAUGGAGGGGACCACAUUCGGCAUGUGGGUGUCUCAUGGUGAAGGCAAAAUGGUAUUCAAGACAGAUGGCUUACAUCAUGACAUCCUCUCCAACAACCUUGCGCCGGUCCGUUACGUCAAUGAUGAUGGUGAAGCGACAACCAGCUACCCUCUCAACCCCAAUGGCUCUCCAGAUGGGAUCGCAGCCGUGUGUUCUCAAGAUGGCCGCCAUCUGGCAAUAAUGCCCCACCCAGAGAGAUGCUUCCUCACGUGGCAGUGUCCGUGGAUGCCAUAUGAAUGGCGGGAGGACAACACAUAUUCACCAUGGAUUCGGAUGUUCCUCAAUGCCUACAAUUGGUGUGUGCAAUAGACUGUAAGAGUAUUAUAUUACCAAGUAUUGGCCAGACACAGAUUUCAGCAGUAGUAAAUGGAUAUCAGCCAGCUCCAUAUACGUAGCAAGACACUGUAUUUGUCAACCAGCUGCAUGUUGAUGUCGACAUAUUGAAUAUUGUUGUCAGAAAGCUCAACAUCAUCUCUAUUUGGAUAUCAAUACUACAUGGAUAUCAACCUACUCAACAUGGAUAUCAAGAGCUCAAAGGUGAUAUCAAGGAAAUCUUGUAUCAAGCAACAAUGUAUGUGUUAUCAUGCACCUCUGUGUGAAUAUUGAGAAUCUCUGCAUGGAUAUCAGCUUAAUCAAUAUGGAUAUCAUGAACUCAGUGCUGAUAUCAAGCAACUCUGUUGAUAUCAACAUGUAUAUGUCACACACCUUCGAUGAAUAUCAAGCACCUCAAUGUGGAUAUCAAGAAAUGGCAUCAACCUUUUGUAUGUUGAUAUCAACACCUUGAUAUCAGUUUCCUAAGGAUAGUCAGUGACAGGAUAUGCAUUACAACUGACUGAUAUCACCAUAGCACCAGAUAUAUUACAUGAGAUUGCAGAAACAGACAUUUAUCUUAACAGAUGAAGUGACCAUGAGCACCAAGUGCUCAAGAUGCUACACAGUGGUUCGAGAUGGGCUACUAUGAUAUACAUAUCGACCUUGGUGUGAUUCUGUGCACCUCACUUGUUCAAGAGAUAGGUUUGUUGUUAGUUAUUUCUGAAUUGUAAUUCAUGAGACUGUACAUGAUUACUGAGUACUUACUAGUGGUGGUCCGAUUAAUUGAAAUAAUCGAAGAUUGGUCGCAGUGACUAAAUGACCAAGCAGUCAAUUGCAUUUUAUCAUAAUGUAACGCUAACAGUUUUGAAUAACUUGUUUGCAUUAACAAUAUUUUUCACAAGCACUAAAGGCUCCUUCCAAGUCAUGAUUGAAUUU